UUGUGUACAAAUUCACCGCCUGUAUAACAAGAGCACUCUGUGAAGGAAUAGCCCCGCCUUUAUUUAUUAUACGCAUAAGGCGCCCCGGUCGAUAUCGUCUCCGUUGUAAGCCGACAUCGAAGAAAAACUACGAUCCACAGUUUCAUCACCAGCUCGAUCUCCGGGUGAUAUAUUUUGUCUCCAACAGGAGUUAAUUGAUGCGACAACUGAUGGUUUGUUGAGCUUCUUCCAAACCGGGUUAUUCAAUAUUCUACUUGCACUGACUGAAGUGUACACACAAACAAGAUGGAUAACAGCACAGGAGACACUGCCUGCACAGCGACAGAUGCUGAUCAUUUCUUUCUGAUUGUUAUGUCAUGUAUCAUCUUUUUGAUGCAGAUGGGGUUUGCCUUCCUCGAAGCUGGAUCAGUGCGCGCCAAAAAUACAACCAACAUUCUUCUCAAAAACCUGCUCGAUGUUUGUAUUGGGGCGGUGGUAUACUGGGCCAUUGGCUACGCCUUCGCAUUCGGAAAAGAGUCAAAUCCUUUCAUCGGUUACCGGUAUUUUUUCUUCGAGAGCCUGCCGUCGUGUCUCUACUCGCAUUUCUUCUUCCAGUUCGUGUUUGCUGCCACGGCGGCCACCAUCGUCUCGGGAGCGAUGGCGGAACGUACGGAGUUCAUAGCCUACUUCAUCUAUUCCACUGCCAUCACUGGAUUCAUCUAUCCGAUUGUGGUUCACUGGGCGUGGUCUAGUGAUGGUUGGCUUGCCAACGGGCCGUCUGGAAUCGGCUACCAGGACUUUGCAGGUAGCGGUGUUGUCCACUGUGUCGGAGGAACAGCAGCUUUGGUCGGAGCCGCCAUCCUAGGACCACGUAUCGGACGCUAUGACGAGAAUGGCAAGUCUAAAGUGAUUUCAGGUCACACAGUCCCGAUGGUUGCUCUGGGCGGCUUCGUUCUCUUCUUCGGCUUCUUCGCCUUCAAUGGCGGCUCCCAAGCUAGCAUCUCGGUCGAAGGAGACGGGACAACAGUCUCACUCGCUAUCAUUAACACCAUCAUCUCUGGGGCUUGUGCUGCUUUGGUUGCCAUGGUGAUCCGGAAGAUUGGUUUCAGCGGAAGCUACUGGUCGCUCCUGACCACCAUUAAUGGUGGGCUGACUGGAAUGGUUGCUAUUUGUGCUGGCUGUGAUGCCGUCUACCCAUGGGGAGCAGCGAUCAUUGGCGCUGUAGCCGGUGCUACCUAUAUGAUGUGGAGUGCUCUGAUGGUUGCUGUCAAGGUCGAUGAUCCUCUGGAUGCUGUUGCAGUUCACCUUGGAGGCGGUAUCUGGGGAGUAUUAGCCGCGCCCCUCUUCGACAUGAACGACGGCGUCGUUUUUACUUUCUCUGCAACCUCUUGGCAGUCCUUUGGAUGGAACCUUCUUGGAGUCUUUGUCAUCGUAGUUUGGACCUCGGUUCUCUCUCUUGUCCUCUUUGGUCUCAUGCAAGCUUGUGGUGUCCUCCGUGUUACCCCAGAGAUGGAGCUGAAAGGUCUGGAUGUACCAAAGCAUGGUGAACCGGCCUACCCCCUCGAGAGCUACGGCAGCGGGUGGGAAUCCAAUCAAACCAACAAUGGCAAUGGACACCCGAUCGGUCAACGACAAGAGUAUACCAAUGCGGCUUUUGAGGGCGCUGUUGCUAUAAAUAACCCAAGCUAUACGGACAAGGAGAAUGGCGAGAAUGAUCUUCCUCUCUAGAAUGUUUGCAUCGUGUCGGGGUGAUGUGAAUUGUUUACAAAAAUAACCCAGCUACACCCCAACCAAGUCUUCCUAAUUAGAAUAAGAUAAUAUGAAUUAAACGGUGCUUAUAAAGCGCUUUCAAGAGAAGUCUCUAAGGGGUAUAACAAGCAAAAUACAACGAAAAACAAUUAUAAAUUAUACAACAUACACGAAUCUCUGUAAAUAUAGACUUAGGGGAGGGGGGGGGGGGGG